AUGCUUAUUUUUACGCCCAUAGAUAGAGUUUCUCAAGACCGGGAAGAGUCGGUUUAGAGGACAGGAGAGAAGCUUACUAAACAGGAAACCUAGCACAAAAAACUAGGGGUGAUAAAAGAAGUUACGUAAGGAAGACGUAGAUUAAACAUAUUGUGAAGACCAGACACAGGAAAGAGAGAACGCAGUGGAGUUUUUUUUUUUGACUUGACGACAAGGAAAAGUAAGAGACAGCCGUUCGGAUAACGAGCUCAUCUCACCCCAGAUGGGGGUGUAAAAUGGAAACGAUCGUCUGUGUCCAGAAGCGGAGCGCCGCGGCACCAUGAAGAAAGACAUGAGUUUAAACCUGGACGACCAAAACAGCUCUAACCUCAAACCGGACUUACGGGACGCUGAAGGAAUACUCAGCUCCCAGGACCUGGGACUCCUAAAACUCGCCUCGCCUGAGCUGGAGCGGCUGAUCAUCCAGUCCAACGGUAUGGUCACGACGACCCCGACCUCUCAAUUCGUUUACCCGAAACCGGUGAGCGACGAGCAGGAAUUCGCCGAGGGUUUUGUGAAAGCCCUGGAGGACCUCCACAAGCAGAACCAGCUGAACGGCGGCGCUGCGACUCUGAACCGCCUCGCAACAGGCGCUGCUCUCGCCUUACCGUCCGACCUUCCGGUCUACACGAACUUGAGCACAUAUGGAGGCGGCGCGCUGGGCACAGCUGUGAACUACUCCACGGACACGAUCCCCUUCCCACCGCCACCUUCAGCGUCGUCCUCUUCGUCGUCGUCGUCGUCGUCAUCGUCGUCAUCGUCGCACGCGAGCACGCCGAACGCGCAGCCCACGCAGGCCGCGCACUCGCGCAUACGCUCGCCCAAGGACGAGCCGCAGACCGUCCCCGACGUGCAGAGCUUCGGCGACAGUCCGCCUCUGUCACCUAUCGACAUGGACACUCAGGAGCGCAUCAAGGCGGAGCGCAAGAAGCUGCGCAACCGCAUCGCGGCCUCCAAGUGCCGCAAGAGGAAGCUGGAGCGGAUCUCGCGCCUGGAGGACAAAGUCAAGACGCUCAAGACGCAGAACAGCGAGCUCGCGUCGACCGCCAGCGUGCUGCGCGAGCAGGUCGCGCAGCUGAAACAGCGGGUCAUGAACCACGUGAACAACGGCUGCCAGCUGCUGCCCACCCAGGUGCAGGCGUACUGAGGAUUCACUUUCUCCAGAACUGUGCCAAAAGAGCGGACACUGAUUUUGGGUGCUCAUGUAUAUAUGCACACACACACACACACACACACACACACACACACACACAUAUAUAUAUACAUACAUGUUUACACCGUUUUGUAGCAAAUGAACUAUUUGGGAACUAAACCUUUCUGUGGACCUUUGCUUACCUGCAGAGUUCAUUUCCUGUAUGCAUCAAAUAAAAACAUGGCGUAAGAUAAAAAAAAAAAGAGUUUAGUUGAUUCAGGUGAUGUUAUAUGGUUUCAACUAAACAGCAGGAAGGUAGGCCUAAAUCUGUCUUACUGACUGCAAGUCUAUGACAAUUGCAUUUACACUACUACGUGUCAUAGGUCUCAGACUCUGGGCCUAGUUACCUGAGACAGAAGACUUAAAGCAGCAGCAGUGUUUUGCAUGAUAACGAGACAAACUCAAUGAGUGCAACCAAACACAGAUGUCGUGCAUGCACACUUCAUGUGUAAAGCCUUAAUUGUGUACAAACACUUACUAACCAAUGACCUUAUCUAAUUUAUAUUACAGCUAUUCACACCUUGUCUUAUUUCUUGUCCUUGUGACUUGUCGUUGAUUUCCCUGUUUAUUUGUCACAUGUCAGAGUAUCGCCUUCAAGAUUUCUUGAAUUAUUGUCUAAUAAAAAGGAUCUUGUAUUUGC